AUGUUCUUACGUGAAAAGAAUGUUACACUUGUCGUACACAUACUAAUGAUUCUUGUUAAUAUGAUUUAUGCAAACGGUGGAUUAGAUGCGAAAAGUGAAGAGUUGCUCAAUCUGCAUAGAAAAUACAGACAGGAUUUAGUUGACUGUAAAGUUGAUGGACAACCACCAGCUAAAUAUAUGUCACCAUUGAAGUGGAAUCACGAUUUAGCUCGACAAGCACAAUCAUUGGCAAACCAAUGCAUCUUACGUCAUGACAAACGAUAUUCGAAACAAUUCAGUUGGGUUGGACAAAAUAUCGCUCUCCAUCCAACCAUUAAGUCGGGUAAUUGGAAUAAUGAGAAACCAUAUGAAGUGAAACCACGUCAUAUGUGCCCAAUGAUGCAGAAUAUUCCUCAAAAUAGUUUACAAACUAGUCGUGCUCAUACACAACAUGGACAGAAGCCAUUAACGCAAAGCGAAAAAAGGGUGUCAACGAACGUUCAAAACGAAGGUAGAGAUUGCAAUCAACGCGAACAGUCGAGAAGUAGAUAUUAA